AUGGAUCAUAAGCGAAAAUCGGCCGCCGCAAAUGGCGCGACCGAGGCUGACGAGCGCGCAGCAAAACGCCAAAGAUUGUCCGAGAAAUACGACUUAAGCAAGAAAGAGACUGUCGAAUCCACCACCGAACAUGGACUCUUCUUCCUCGAGCAAAUUCGCCGCACAGCAGAUAAGAAUGGUCGACUUGUCGCAGGCUAUUUCGAGAAGCUACUGCCAAAGGAGGGUAACCCCGAUUACUACAAGAAGACACGCAUGCCGAUUUCACUUUCGAUGAUUGAGCGAAAACUCAAUAAGGGAGACUUUUCAACCCUGACCGAACUUGAAAGCUACUUCAAGCGCAUGGUAACCAAUGCAAAGGAGUUCUAUCCUCGCAAUACCCAGAUUUUUGAGGAUGCCGAAAGAGUGCGGAAGGCAUUGAGCAACUUCAUGACAAAGACCAACCCUGCAUACUCAAAGGGCGGCUACACUGCGAUUCCUACCCCAUUACCCGCCGACGGCGUUGUCGAUGAGGCUGAAGAGGAAGAUAUGGAUGAUGCUACCCCUGUCAAGACUCCUCGUCGCAAAUCUCAAGGAACUAUAAAGUCCGUAGAGGAGCAGGACGAGGUUGACGAAGGUGACGAUGAGGAAGAUGAAGAAGAGGAUGCUGAGGCCGACGAAGAUGAUGAAGAGGCCGACGAUGACGAUGCUGAAGGAGAAGAAGAUGAUGACGAUGAAGCAAGUCAGUCGUCCAAGCCGGCAGCCAUCAUCAUUCGCCGCAGGGGUCCGGGCAGACCCCCUAAAGGCGCGACGCCACGAAAAUCGAAAGGACGAACCUCCACGCCCAGUCGUCCUGACUGUGAUUACGAGGGCGUCCCGUACAAGGGCCUGAGUUUCCAGGCUGCCCAAGAGAAAAUUGUCGAGGAAAUGCUUCGGAAACGAGAAGAUGACAGCCAAGAAGCGUAUUUUGAGCCCUUCGUCAACCUCCCACCGCGUGUCCUCAAAGAUUACUAUCGGAUCGUUAAGGAACCGAUUUCUAUCAAGAAGCUCCAGAAAGCUGUGAAGGGCGUUAGGGGUCGGAACGAAGCAACCGGUACUAGCGAGUUCAAAAACUGGGGAGCCUUUGAGGAAACUGCCAGCUUAUUGUGGAAGAAUGCAUGCUUCUAUAACGAAGAGGGAAGUGAAAUUUACGAGCUAGCUCAGGAACUGAAGGACUUUUUCUUGGAUGAGUUGAAGAUGGCCAAGGCCGUUGUCCCAGAACCAUCACAACCCAAGAUUAAACUCAAGGUGCAGCAGCCAGCCACCGAGCAGCCCGCAGCUUCAAAGAAGAUUACGAUUCACGUUGGAGGCAAGAGCGAUUCGGCAGACUCGCCAGCAGCUGCAGCUUCCCAUUCGGCAGGCUCUCAGACUAGCGACCAGAUUGCCCUGAACGGCAACGGACGCCAAGCCGCGACUCCUGCCGUGCCACCUGCCAUGGACAGGAUUCGGAGUACCUCAGUGGCGUCUCCAAGCCCUUCAGUGGCCAACCAUGUUAAGCGAGAAGAUGCUAUGCGUCCUUCCCCUGCUAUGGCGCCCGGACACACUCAUACACCUGCUGCAUUUCCUUCACCCGCUGCUGGCCAAGCGGCAGGUUUAUCCAGUGCGACCUUUCAGCCUAUUGGUACACCGCAACAACAGUUACAGGCGAACGGUAUUCAACAGCCUCCUAAGCCUGUGUGGGACCAGAGACUUCGAGCUCCGGGCAAAGGAGCGGCCGAUGCCUUGAUAAGUAGUCUGAAGGUUCAAACUCACCCUAUGAUUAACGUCGAACGUCGCUUCGAGAUCACUGUUUCACCUCUUGAGAAGGAGGCACAGCAGUCCGUGACGGUUCACAUGCCUGCUAAUCAACUGAGGAUCCAGAUCAUCCCUGUAUUGCCAGCCUUCCUUGAGAAAGAGGAACGCCAGUGGAGACUUUGGGUACUCAUUAACCGACACAUUAUCCACCCAGCGCAUGCAGUUCAUGGCCAGGUGCUUCCUUUGGGAGCCAAGGUGUUCGAAGCCCAGCUUCAAGCUGGCGUCGUUAACACCAUUGAGGUGCAUGUUGUUGCUGCUUUGCCAAAAGGCCAAAAGUCGCCAACAGGGGAUGACUUUGAAGUGGAGCAAAUGACAGUGCUUGCUAACGUGGUGAAGAACUAG